AUGAUAUCAUCUUUAUCCACAAUUUCUCUUCUUCUUUCUCUUUGUUCGGCAGUUAUCUCGGUUGACGCGUUUUUCCAAAAACUUCUGCUACCGGGAGAUGUGUCAGGCCCUCGAUCUAUAGCCUUUGAUUCCACCGGAAAAGGAUUCUACACUGGAGUCUACGGUGGUAAAAUCCUCAAGUAUACUCCCGAGACGGGUUUUGUCGAUUUUGUAUACAUGACGACAUUAUCGAAGUCUUCUUUGUGCCAUGGAAUAGUUGGACCGCUUUUGUUAGGCUUUUGCGGCCGGCCGGCAGGGAUAGCCUUGAAUGAGAAAACAGGUGAUCUCUACGUAGCCGAUGCUGCAUUGGGUCUUCACGUUGUUUCUCCCGCAGGUGGUUUGGCAGUGAAGAUCGCCGAUAGUGUUGAUGGAAAGCCAAUCAAGAAUCUCGAUGGUCUUGACGUUGAUCCAACUACUGGUGUCGUCUACUUCACUUCCUUAACCUCAAACUCGUACCCAGUCAAUCGAGAUUGGCCAUUGGAGGAUGUGACCGGAACACUCUACAAGUACGAUCCAUCAACUAAGGUUGUCACAAUAGUGAUGGAAGGUCUAUUUCGCUCAACUGGCUGUGCCGUGAGCUCGAACGGCUCGUUUGUGCUGGUGAGUCAGUUGGCAGGGCAUGACAUCAAGAGGUAUUGGAUCAAAGGACCUAAAGCUGGUUCUUCUGAAGACUUCAACAUUCUAAUAAAUAGCCCUGAGAGUAUCAGAAGAAUCGGUUCUACUGAAAAGUUUUGGGUCGUUUCGGCCAUGUCAUACUCCUACGGCGUGAACCAAUCAGCAGUAGUGCUCGACUCUAAUGGGAGAGAGUCUAGAGACCUCCAGGGAGUGAGCAUAUGGGAAGAAAAUGGGGAUAAUCUGGUUAGCGAAGUUAACGAAUCCAACGGUAGUCUAUAUAUUGGGACUUUCACUGGAAAUUAUGUUGGAAUUUAUAAGCUUUGUAAGCCUUGAAUGGAAGGCAGUUCCAAAAAGUGACUGAAAACUCAGUGGG